GGCCCGCUGCCUCCCUCCACCCUGUCCCGGCUCAUAUUUAUGCAUUAGGCGUUUCUGCAGUGAGCCGCUGGAUAUUGAUGUGUUGUAAGGAGGUGUUCCCAGUCCUCCCCUCCCCUCCUCCUCCCCCCUUAUCCCUCUCUCCUCCGUUGCAGGCUGAUCCGCGGCUCUCGGUGCGCUCAGACGCGUUUGGCGUUCAGACUGCUCAGCGCCCCGAUGGCCCCCCACCAGAGGGACUGCGCUAACCCCACGGCCAGCCCCGGCCCCGAACUGUCCUAGCGACGGCAGGACCGCCGGCAGCCUGCUCCUGGAAUACCGCAUUGUUUCAUAAUUCCCAACCAGGGAGAGGGAGAGGGAGCGAGGGAGAAAGAGAGGUGAUGAUGCUGAUGAUGAGUCCGAGAUGGUGGCUUUCCCUUUUGUGCGUCCAUGGGCUGAUGCACGUCGGUCACCAGAGCAGCCCGAAUGCACGACAUGGAGACGCCUCGUCGAGCUUCAAGGCUCUGCGCGAUGCCGCCAGGUUGGUGGGGAGGGAGGACACGGUGCCUCUGCGCCUGCUCUACAGCAGACACAACCACAGCCAGAUCACACGGGACGAGCUCAGCACCCGGGUGAAAGACGGCUCCGGCUCCGGCUCCGCACAGGUGAACCAUGUGGCCCAGGCAAGCUUCCAUGUCGAGGCAUUUGGUAGAGAAUUCAUCUUGGACGUGGAGCUGAAUCAUGAUCUGCUGUCGUCGGGCUACGUGGAAAGGCAUUUGUCAGAAAAAGGGAAGGCUGUCAUCACCAAUGGAGGAGAACACUGCUACUACCAGGGGAAGGUCAGAGACUGUCCUCGCUCCUUUGUGGCUCUCUCAACUUGUCAUGGACUGCACGGGAUGUUUUUCGAUGGCAAUCACACCUACAUGAUUGAACCUGGAGGACCCGGCAGCGGCAAUGGAGAUGUCUGCAUUCACAUGAUAUAUAAAUCUGCAGAGGGAUUCAAAGAACUCCUCAACGGUGAUAUGCCAGAGCCCCCGUUUCCCAGCCCUCCAUUUCCUGGGUCAAAAGUUGUUCACAGGAGAAUAAAGAGACAGGCUCCACAUGUGUCACACAGCAUAGAAGACGAGACCAAAUACAUUGAGUUGAUGGUGAUCAAUGACCAUUUAAUGUACAAGAAGCAUCGGCUUUCCGUUGGGCACACAAAUAACUUUGCUAAGUCAGUGGUCAAUAUGGCUGACAUGAUAUUCAAGGAACAGCUUAAUACCAGGAUUGUGCUGGUUGCCAUGGAAACCUGGUCCGCUGACAGCAAGUUCAACAUUGACGACGACCCCAUGGUCACCCUGAAGGAGUUCAUGAAGUACAGGAAAGACUUCAUCAAGGAGAAAUGCGACUCUGUUCACCUCUUCUCAGGGAAUCGCUUUCAUAGCAGCUGGGGUGGAGCCUCCUACAUGGGAGGAGUUUGCUCUCUCACUAAAGGAGGUGGAGUGAACGAGUACGGGAAAACAGAUGAGAUGGCCAUAACCCUCGCUCAGUCUCUCGGACAGAACAUUGGCAUCUUCUCAGACAAGAAGAGGAUCCUCAAUGGCGAAUGCAAGUGUGAUGAUCGUUGGUCAGGCUGUAUUAUGGAUGAUGUUGGUUUCUACCUGCCGAAGAGGUUCUCUGACUGCAACGUGGAGGAGUACCACAACUUCUUGAACACCGGAGGAGGAGCUUGUCUGUUCAACAAACCUCUGAAGCUGUUCGACCCUCCAAUCUGUGGAAAUGGCUUUGUGGAGCCAGGGGAGGAGUGUGACUGCGGCAGUCCAACGGAGUGUGCCAGAGAGGGCGAUAACUGCUGUAAGAGUUGUACUCUGACUCAAGGCUCAAAGUGUAGCAACGGACUCUGCUGCAACAGCUGCCAGAUGGAGUUCAUGGGGGUUAUGUGUCGAGAUGCAGUGAAUGACUGUGAUAUCCCAGAAAACUGCACUGGCAACUCCAGCCAGUGUCCACCAAAUGUGCACAAGAUGGAUGGCUACACUUGUGAAAAGGAACAGGGUCGCUGCUUUAAUGGGAGGUGCAAAACCAAAGACAGGCAGUGCAAGUACAUUUGGGGAGAGAAGGCAACGGCGGCUGACAAGUUCUGCUAUGAGAAGCUGAACAUUGAGGGGACAGAAAAAGGCAACUGUGGGAAAGACAAGGACACGUGGAUCCAGUGUAACAAGCAGGAUGUUCACUGUGGGUACCUGCUGUGCUCCAACAUCUCACCUGCGCCGCGACUGGGAGAGCUGCAGGGAGGGCUGACCUCUUUCUCCGUGGCCCAACACAGCGCGUCUCUUGACUGCAGCGGUGCUCAUGUGCUGAUCGACGGAGACACGGACCUGGGAUACGUCGAGGACGGGACGGCCUGCGGUACAGACCGCGUCUGUUUCAAUCACAAAUGCCUCCCUAUCCAACAGUUCAACUUCAGCACUUGCCCCGGGACGACGGACAAGACCAUCUGCUCAGGACAUGGGGUGUGCAGUAGUGAGCUGAAGUGCGUGUGCUACCUGGGCUGGACUGGAGACGACUGUAACUCCACGACUCCUCUCAGUUACCUCGUGGUGGGACCGACUGCCUCAGUUUCAGGUAUCAACAGCACAAACAUCAUCAUCGGGGCCAUCGCAGGCUCCAUCCUCUUCCUCGCGCUCAUACUGGCUGUUACAGCCUGGGGCUACAAGACCUAUAAGGAGAGGCGCUGUGCUGAGUCUGAGGUUCACAGAAGAUUCUGCCGGCAAAUGCCCCAAGGCGACUAUGUAACAAAGCCUGGGGAUGCCGAUUCAUUUUACAGUGACAUGCCUCCGGGUGUGAGCACAAACUCCGGGUGCAGCUCCAAGAAGAGGUCAGCCUGCCUGUCGCACCUGCAGAUUUGCACCCUGUCCUUCACCCCCUCCAUCCCAUCCAUUUCUCAGAACAUCUCACUUUUUGGCUUCAGAUCUAAUGGGAUGUCUCACUCAUGGAGUGAGAGAAUACCAGAUGCCAAACACAUCUCCGACAUCUGUGAAAACGGGCGACCGAGGAGCAACUCGUGGCAAGGAAAUCUGAGUGGGAAUCGUAAGAAACUGAAAGGAAAGAAGUUUCGUGCUCGCUCUAACUCCACAGAGACACUAUCCCCCGCCAAGUCUCCCACCUCCUCUACAGGAUCUAUUGCAUCCAGCAGGAAAUACCCGUACCCCAUGCCCCCCCUCCCCGAUGACCAGAGGAAAGCCAACAGGCAGAGUGCCAGGCUGUGGGAGACGUCAAUAUAACCGCCGUAUUACCCGCUCUGCGAAAGACCUUAAGGAACUACACUUGUCUCUCCUUUUCUAUGAAUGAAAAACACGAAAAUGAAACAAAACUGACUCUAUGCGACUAAAGAGAGAGAGAAAGCCCCCAACUGGAGUGGAAAUAGGCAGAGGUGUGUGUGAGUUGGUGUGUACAAGCAUCUCCGAGGCUGUCGAGCCAGACAUUCAGUGGAUCACUACAAGAUUAUGCGGAGUGUCGGUGGAGAAACCAGCUCCACAUCCACUCCAGACCAGCUGGAGCUGAGACUGAGCUGUUCCAGUCUGCUCAGGCCUCACCAACGGGACUCCAACCCCCUCCCCCCUCCCAAACCUCGAUACAUCCCCCUCGGCUCGGCUCUCAUCAGACCCACUUUGACGCCACUUCUCCCUGAGUUGUUCAAGCUCCCCCUCAGGAGCAGGUCAUCCCAUCGCACUGAAUCGGCAGAUUUGUUGGGAUCAUUUUGACGCACGUGAAUAACUGUAGAAACUCCAACACUGUAUGCAUGAGACGACCCCGUUAAUCAGCGACCUCCUCCUACAGAAAAGACGAGGAGAACAGCCAUCUGAUCUGACAGGAAAGCAUGCGGGGGGGGCAGUGAUUUUAUACCUUCUGUAGGCUUAGAUGCUUUCUCUUCACUAUAGGUAACUCAUAUUGUAUCACCAGGUGUAACCCAUAACCCAUGACAUGGACCCGACCCCGCCCUGCUCUCCCUCCCCUCGGUUUGUUUGUCCGCGUGUAAAUAUGUAAAGUCGAAGACACAAGAGUAUGUUCUUUUGCUUUUAUUUCGCAAGAGGAAAGUAUCUUCUUCCUACUGUACUGUGUUGUAGACGAAAGCAGAUCUCAGUAGACGAGUGCCGAGACCCGCGCAUUCUGUCUGUGUUUCUACUCUUCAUCCUUAUGUUUCCUGUGUGACUGUGACCUCUAUAGCUUUCUCCAUCCACAGCAGAAUGUAAAAGUGUUUCUUUUUAUAUAUAUAUAUAUAUAUAUAUAUAUAUAUAUAUAUAUAUAUAUAUUAGCACUGGUUUCAUUCAUCUCUGGGAGAAACACACAGACGUGGAGUAAUGACUGAGGAAGUAUUGACUACGGUGUUGAUUGUGGCACAGUACGAAUGUUACUGCGACAGUAUUGAUUUAGCAAACGUUCAGUAGUUUUUAUGUGCCAUUCCCGUGUGAAGUGAAUGGACCGACAUGUGUUUGGUGUAGUAAUAGAUAUACCACUUUUCACUCUUGUGGAUUUUGGAUUUUUUUUCCCCCAUUGAUAAUGUUAAGAUGAAUCGAGUUUUCAACGAUUCGGAUGUUUGGGAGUAGAUAAUGUCAAUAUCCCGAGUGCGGCCGACAAUAACCUUACUCUGCGCGAAUCUGGAAAUCUGUGAUUGAAAUGUGCAUUUUGGAUUUAGCUGUGACGAUUGAGGUAUUUAGCUUGUAAAUGAUUAACUAUGCUGUACAGUGCUUGCUGUCUGAGCUUGUGAAGACCAACAGCAUGACAGUUCUAUAUCAAAUUAAGUUAUUUCUCUGGUAGGCUGUUUGUAAGACCAUAACGGGAAGGGAGCAUGUCACUGAAAGACCCCCCCAACCCCACCCCCCAUUGCCACACUUCCCCAUUGCCUAUUGCAGUUGUCUUAAAGGGUUUGUGCACCACAAACUCCACUGUCUUUAUGACGUCAGGACAAUUAAUAGCAGGAAGUCACAGGGUUUUGAUUGGGAAUGGAGAUUUUGUCACGCCAGUGUAGUUAUUUAAGGUGGAUUUUUCUGGAAACGAGUCCCACAUCACUCCCCAAAAGCAGGUUCUUUGUACAGAUAAGAGUCAUCGCUCUACCUUGUGUAGAACUGUUGUCCUAAGGCCUCAUGUUUGUCACUUACUGUGGUUUAGUUUUUGCUCUGGGGCACUUGUUCAUUUGUAAUUCAUGUAUGCAUUAGGACUGUAUAGGUAAUAUGAUCGUCACAAUAUUGGACUAAUAUUGCUACUAGUGUCUUUUUUUAUUAAGUACCUUUGUAAUGUUCACUUUCUUUCUCAGUAUUAUGUACAGCAACUAUUCAAACAGUGAUUAAGUGCAUUAUUGUAAUUCUCUGUAUUAAUGAGUUGAUGACUCUUUUUUUAAAACACGUUUUUUCUGGCAUGUGCUAAUCUGUAUCUUAUAGGUUUUGGACACAGGUGUUACACCUGAGAUCUGAAUGGGCUCAUGAUUUGCCUUUAUCCAGAGUUUUCUUUCUUUUGUUCUGGUUUUUCAGUGUCCAGUGGCCCAGGCUGUGGAGCCCAUCAUCUCAUAGCUCUUGAGUAAUAUUUUUAACAUCAUAAUACUGUGCUACAGCGAGACAUUCGUCCUGGCGUCAUGGACAUCGCACUGGAUGGGACCGUGCAUACUGCAGUAAUUUCUCUGAUUGUACAGCCGUCCAUCGUCCUGUAAACAUAUCUGCUGUAUCUGCCUGCGCUCGAGGGUGGACCGGCCAAUCCUGCCCGGACGACUUUGGCAAAACGCCUCCACAGAUGAGCUCUGUCUCUGUCUGACCAGAGACUUGAAUGUAUUUGUGUACUGGAGCACAUCCACCAUCUAGUGUCACCCACAUAGUCCCAUCCCGCCAGGACACACAGCACUCUGCUCCAGGAACCUUAAAUACCCCAUGUGUGUGCGAGUUCAAAUCUAAAUACUGCAGUUGCUGUCAGUUUUUUUUAUUUAAAUUGACUUUUUUUCUCUCUUUUGCCUGUAUGUUGUACAGACUGAUGAGGCAAAAAUCAAUCCCCAUAUUUUUUUUUCUCCUUAAUCAUUCAGUAUUGUAAUAUAUUUAAUAUAAAAUAAAACUUUCAUCAACACAA